UCACCGGGAAAAGGGGUUUGGAAGGCUGCUUCAGUAGUCAUCCAGUCUGCAGUGCGCAUGCGCGGCGCUGCAGCGGUGUUUCCGUGUUGAGUGGAGGAGAUGAGAAGGGAGAGAGAGAGAGAGAGAGAGAGGAUAGAGGGAAUUCGAGACGCAGCGGGACGCCGAGUCAGAAUAUACGGACACCCCACAAACGCUAAUAAUAAAAAAAUAUAAAUCAACGCUCACAGCUCAAGCCUUUAGCCAUGGAGGAUACGGUGAAAAACACUUUAAAAUGUGAGCUUUAAAGAGAGGUGCUGCAGAAACGAGCGAGAGCGGCUUUUCCCCCUCAUCAUCCACGGCUGAUCUCGACUCAUGUGCUCCCGUCCUCCUCCGUCACUCGCACCGGAGCGAAAAAUGAAGAAGUUUAAUAUCCGUAAGGUGCUGGACGGCUUGACGGCCGUGUCGUCCCCUUCUCCAUCCCCGCAGCUCGGGGCCAAGGAGAACGAGCUCAUCCCGGAGACGCUUCAGUCUGAACACUUCCAGCUCUGCAAGACUGUGCGCCAUGGCUUCCCCUAUCAGCCGUCCUCUAUGGCAUUCGACCCUGUCCAGAAAAUCCUUGCCAUCGGGACUCAGAGCGGAGCUUUGCGAUUAUUCGGCCGACCUGGUGUGGAGUGUUACUGUCAGCACGAGAGUGGAUCAGCCGUCAUCCAGCUACAGUUUCUCAUAAAUGAAGGGGCGCUGGUUAGUGCUUUGGCUGAUGACAGUAUUCACAUGUGGAACCUGCGACAGAAGAGACCAGCUGUGCUGCACUCGCUCAAGUUCAACAAGGAGAGGUCAGCCACGGUCACUUAAUCUACACUUGCUCUGAGCGUGUGUGUGCAAGUAGACUGCUGAUCAGUGUUAGCGAUACAUGACUGUGUGUGUGGCAGAACUGGUGUUGUGGAGUCUGUGGGCCCACACUCACAUCUGAUACCUUUGUUUCACUCUUUCACUCUCUUAUUAUUCCAGUUGACUUCCACUUGCUCUCACUGUUGGUACCCAGGUGCAGCUCAGAACUCAAUAGUAAUUUCUCUGUUGGUCACAUAGGGAGGCGAGUCAACAUGUGGUCAUGUUUGCAAACUUCUGUAGUGGGAAAAGAGCAAGUUUAACUAAUCCAUGCAGAAGCCUUAUGUUACACUUUUGAAGGAUAAAAAAAAAAUCAUAUUAU